AGCCCCGGGACGGCGAGGCGAGGCCGGCGCUCCGAGACCCGCAGUGCAGCCCGCAGCCCGCGGCGACGCCGAGACCCGCGCCGGGGAGGCCCGCGCCGCACGCCGGCUUCUUCCCCUGUCCGUUCCAGGUGCCUGCGGCCCGGCGUCUCCGACCAGCGCGCGCCAUCCGGACAGCGGCAACGUGAGUGACCGUGCCCCAGGCUAGCCUUUGUUGCGUGGGUUUGGGGCGUCCGCCGGCUCUGUUUUAUUUUGCGUUUCAUUGCGUGGGGUUCCCCAACUUUGUUCCGGUCCCUGUUUGUGACCCGGGUCCAUGUCGCGCCUCCCCAAGCUCCUGCUUUUUUCGAAUGUGGUCUUGGUCGUUCUCUCCAGAAUCCUGCCCAGGGCAGCGGACGCCCAGAAAGAGAGCCGGGUGCCCCGGGCAGCCCCGGGAUCGGGCGACAGUGCCAACCUGGGGCGCGCGAGGCGCUCUGAGCUGUCCUCCGGCCUCUGGAAACGGUGUCGGCCGGGCGGCCAGACGGGGGCCCAGGAAGGAGCGUCCCUACGAACUCUUGCUCGACGAACUCUCAGCUGGGACGGUCCUUGCUAGGAGGUCCCUUCGAGGGGCCCGCUCUGCGUCUGGACAGGCUCUGAGCUCGCGUCCCUCUCUCCCCGCAGCCAUGGCGCGGUUCCUGAGACUCUGCACUUGGCUGUUGGCUCUUGGCCCCGGGCUCCUGGCGACCGUGCGGGCGGAAUGCAGCCAGGACUGCGCGACGUGCAGCUACUUCCUGGCGCGCCCCACCGACAUCAACCCCCUGGCUUGCACACUGGAAUGUGAAGGGAAACUGCCUUCUCUCAAAACCUGGGAAACCUGCAAGGAGCUUCUGCAGCUGUCUAAACUGGAGCUUCCUCAAGGUGGCACCAGCGCCCUCAGAGAAAGCAGCAAACAGGAGGAGAGCCAUUUGCUAGCCAAAAAGUAUGGAGGCUUCAUGAAAAGGUACGGAGGCUUCAUGAAGAAAAUGGAUGAGCUUUACCCUGUGGAGCCAGAAGAAGAGGCAAAUGGAGGUGAAAUCUUGGCCAAGAGAUACGGGGGCUUCAUGAAGAAGGAUGCAGAGGAGGAUGCCGCCCUGGGCAAUUCCUCAGACCUGCUGAAAGAGCUGCUGGCAACAGGAGACAACCGAGACAGCAGCCACCACCAGGAGAGCAGUGACGAUGAAGAAGUGAGCAAGAGAUAUGGGGGCUUCAUGAGAGGCUUAAAGAGAAGCCCCCAACUGGAAGACCAAGCCAAAGAGCUGCAGAAGCGAUACGGGGGCUUCAUGAGAAGAGUGGGUCGCCCAGAGUGGUGGAUGGACUACCAGAAAAGGUACGGGGGCUUCCUGAAGCGCUUCGCUGAUUCUCUGCCCUCCGACGAAGAAGGUGAAAGUUACUCAAAAGAAGUUCCAGAAAUGGAGAAAAGAUAUGGAGGAUUUAUGAGAUUUUAAUGCCCUUCCCCAUCGGGGCCCCUAGGCCCCCACAAGCCUUCCUCUCUCCCCCAGUGAGAGACUGCCUCGUGGAUCGCCUUUUAUUGUCAAGUGUUGCUUGCAUUGUAUAGUUGACUUUAUUGUCUGAUAACUAUUUACACGACCUGAAAGCCAUCAUUUCAGGUGCUGUGUUCUGAGAGUCUUCAAGCUUAGUAUUGGUCUAUUACAGCUAUCUGGUGUUCAUGCUAAAAUAGUUUUUGCUACCUUGUCCUUUAUUUUUGACAAAACAUCAGUAAAUGCUUAUUUGUAUAUAGAUAUAAUAAAGCUAUUUCCCCAA